CAGCUCAUAAAAACAUAACAGCUGGUUUUUCUACAGACACACAGCCACUAUGGAGCUGCGUCUCUCUGUCUGCGUCCUGCUGCUACUUUGUGCUGCAGAAAACUCAAAUGGAGGGAAGAUUUUGGUGUGGUACACUGAGGCCAGCCACUGGAUCAACAUGAAGCCGGUACUGGAAACACUGGUGGACAGAGGACACCAGGUGACGGUUCUGAUCCCGAGCGCGUCGAUGUUCAUGAACAGCAGCGAACCGUCUCGCUUCCAGUACGAACCUUUUAACAUCUCUGUCUCCCUGAAGGAUAUGGAACGGUUUCUUCAGGAGUUUCUUCACUUCGGCAUUUACGAGAUGGAUUUUAUGGGCUACUUUCAGAUUUACAUUAGAUUUAUAGAACUGUUAAAGAACAACAUGAAGGUUUCUUUCAGUAUGUUGGAUGGAGUUGUGAAAUCAGAAACAAUCAUGAAGAAGCUGAAGGAGGGAAACUACGACGUGCUUUUUUCCGAUCCCGUCUACCCCGGCAGUGACCUCACUGCGGACAUUUUGGACAUUCCUCUUGUCUACUCUUUGCGUUUUUCCUUGGCUCAUCACUGGGAGAGGAUGUGUGGUCAGCUUCCUGCUCCACCGUCCUUUGUUCCGGGUGCUAUGAGCAAACUCACAGACAAGAUGGACUUCUCAGAAAGACUGUGGAACGUUAUCUUCUACGCUGUGCAGGACGUUGUAAUGGACCAGUUCAUGUGGAAAGAAGUUGACAAAUAUUACUCUGAAGUCAGAGGAACACCCACCAGUGCCUGUAAGAUGAUGGGUAAUGCUGAUAUCUGGUUGAUGAGAACCUACUGGGAUUUUGAUUUUCCUCGUCCACUCCUCCCCAAUUUCAAAUUUAUUGGAGGGAUCCACUGCAAACCAGCUAAACCAUUACCAAAGGAAAUGGAAAUGUUUGUCCAGAGCUCUGGAGAUGCUGGGAUUGUUGUCUUCUCUUUAGGAUCGAUGGUCAAGAACCUGACCACAGAGAAAGCGAACAUGAUCGCAUCGGCCCUCGCUCAGAUUCCACAAAAGGUGCUCUGGAGAUACAGCGGAGAAAAACCUCAAACUCUGGGUUCCAAUACAAGAGUUUAUGACUGGAUUCCCCAGAAUGACCUGCUGGGUCAUCCUAAAACAAAGGCUUUCAUCACGCAUGGUGGGACAAACGGGAUCUAUGAGGCCAUCUACCACGGCGUUCCCAUGGUGGGAAUCCCCAUGUUUGGUGACCAGCCAGACAACAUGGUGCACAUGGAGGCCAAAGGAGCUGCAGUUACUGUUAAACUGAACUUUAUGACUAUUGAGAGCCUGAGAGAUGCUGUCAACACCAUCAUCAAUGACAAAUCAUACAAAGAAAACGUGAUGCGACUGUCCAAAAUCCACCAUGACAGACCCAUGAGUCCUCGGGACGAGGCCGUCUUCUGGAUCGAGUUCACCAUGAGGAACAAAGGUGCCAAACACCUGAGGGUCCAGGCCCACGAACUCACCUGGUACCAGUACCACAACCUGGACGCCCUAGCCUUGUUCCUUGUUAUAGAUCUGCUCCUCAUCUUCAUCCUCUUCAAGAGUUGCAGAUUCUGUUUCAAGAGAUGCUGCAGCAGAAAACAGACAAAGAGAAAAGCUGAAUGACAGACUGAAGUGAGGUACACUGUGCAGGUGUUUUCCAAACUGAAUAUGAAUUUAUGUUUGGUGUUGUGACACUUUUCUGUUUCAGAGCUGAAACAUUUUUAAUUACAAAAAAGUUUUUAUUAGCAAAUGUAGGGCUUUUUUUUCUACAUGUGUUUAAGAAUGUACAUGUAUUAAGUUUUUUUGUACUAUACUGUACUCUGAUCUGAUCAUUAAAAAGUGAUAUACAUCAAAUGGUCACAGAGCAUCACUUUUUCAAUUACAUCUUUAUAAAAUGGGAUAUUAUUAAAAAUAGACUUUAAACUUAA